AUGAGUCCAGACCUGGAAACUACCACCCACCUGGAUCUAGAACACAUGUAUGACGCCAACAUCAGCUUGGAUAUGCAGGUGCUGCUCAACGGGACGGACAACUACGACGCCUGGCGCAGUGACUGGACCGUCGUCGGCGAUGACAAGUGGCACACAGUGGUCAUCAUACUGUAUUCUGUAGUGAUCCUCUUUGGCUUUUUUGCCAACCUUCUGAUCGUUGUUGUCAUCGUUCGCUACAAACAGCUCCACACCGUCACCAACAUCUUCAUCUGCUACCUGGCAAUAGCCGACGUGGCACUCUGCUUCAACACCUGGAUGUUUGGCAGGGUGCUGUGUUAUGUGGCCAUGCCCACAUUUGGCGUCCCUCUGUUCUCAUCCACCCUCUCCAUCCUCAUGAUCGCCGUGGACCGAUAUAUGUUGAUAGUACAUCCUUUCAAGGCUCGUAUGACGAACAUGCAAGCGGUCAUUUCGGUGGUGUUGAUCAUCAUCUUUACCAUUGCCUUAUCUACACCUCUGAUAGUCUACGUCGACUACGUGGAGUUUUACCACCCGCUUAUGAAGGAGCAGAAGACAUACUGUUCCGAGUCAUGGCCUUCCUACCUGGACAAGCAGAUCUAUUCGGUUUCCAUCUUUCUGCUACAGUUUGUGCUGCCACUUUGCCUCACGUCGUUCUUCUACACACAUAUCUGCAACGUUCUUCGAAAACGACCACUGAAGAAACACGACACAAGAAGGAACCAGCGCACAAACAAAAUACUUAUCGCAGUGGUCCUCACCUUCACUAUCUGCUGGCUACCUUGGAAUCUGUUUGCUCUAACGGCUGAAUUCAGUCAUAAGUUAGUCAAAGGUCGUUAUUUUAUACUGGCAGAUCUCAUGCUUAAAGUCUUUGCCAUGAGUUCGGCCUGCAUCAAUCCCUUCCUCUACGGCUGGCUCAACGACAACUUCAAGAAAGAGCUAGGGAAAUUGUUCGAGAACUGCAUCUACUGUGGCAGGUCGAGGGCGUCGGCCGGACUGUCACUGACAAGAACUACUGAUGUCAAUGGAACGAUCCUCAAGCCGGAGACAUGCAUCCACAACAAUCCAGACGUUACCGUAGUUUAA